AUGCUAGAUAGUCUUAUAGUUGAAGGAAGAGAAGAGAAGACCAGGGUACCAGAUAGUCUUAUAGUUGAAGGAGGAGAGAAGACCAGGGUUCCAGAUAGCUUAAUGGUCGGAAAUGAAGGGAAGACCAGGGUACCAGAUAGUUUUAUUGUUGGAGGUCGUGAUGCUUCAUUAAGUUCAUGGCCGUGGCAGGUUGGCCUAAUAUCGGCUUAUGGUGUAUUCUGUGGAGGUACACUUAUAUCUUAUGAUGUUGUCAUAACAGCAGCACAUUGUCUGGAUGGAUCAAGGAGACGCGGGUUAAGUGUGGUAGUAGGAGAGUACAAUAGGUAUUUCUGGGAAGGUUAUGAACAGUAUAUCCCAGUUAAAAGCUUCAAUGUGCAUCCAAAUUAUGACAAUAACUUUCUUAAAGGAUAUGAUAUAGCCAUAUUAUUUCUUGAAAGAAAUGCCACGCCAUCUUAUCGUGUCAAGCCAAUUCCUGGUAUUGCCCACAAAACGCUGUAUUACACUAAAUGCAACUGUUUCAUCACAGGAUGGGGAAUCAAAUCAAUGGAAACUAACGGUUAUGGUCACUUGGCAGUAACGUUACAAGAAGCGGAGAUUGAAGUUAUAAGCAACUCAAAAUGCAACUCCAGACGGUAUUGGGAUGGGUUAGUGAAACCAACAAAUAUUUGUGCCUUUCAUAAAAAAACGGCAGCUUGUGAGGGAGACAGCGGAGGACCUCUAGUUUGUAAAGUGCAGAACCAAUACAUUCUAGUUGGAGUGACGUCGUGGGGAUCUUCUUCGUGUAUGAGCUAUCCUACGGUGUUUGCAGACGUUGCUAAAUUCUGGGAGUGGACUCAAGACAGAAUAUUACAAUAUCGCAUGCUAGUGCGUGAAAUUAAAACGGACGAUACAAAACUCGAAAUGGAAAUGAAUAUUUUUCAAGAAAGAUAGUCAUGUUACUUUACAUUUUUGAAUACUCUUAAAUAUGCACUUUCAUCAGGACCACUUUAGUUUUGGCAGCACCAGAAUUGGUUCUAUAUGAACUUACAAAUCAAUCCUGCAAACUGUCAACACGGGAUUAAAGACCAUUGGCAUUCUCUUAAAACAUGAUCAUCGAUACAAUCAUGGCAAAAUUGAUAAAUUCCUAGCAUUAUAAAACUCUUACAAAGCUUUCUGAUAUCGAAUAUGAUUUUUUCAUGUAGUCAUGAAAGAAGUAUCAUCCUUUGUACUAAAAUUGAUAAUAAAAAUUAUCUUUAGAUAAUUUUCAUUUUAGUAAUCGGCUAACGAAAUAUAUGCUGAAUAUAUUUUUUAACAGUUUCUCUGAAAUAAAAAAAACACGUUUCCACGAUUGAUUCAAUAUGUUUUGUAGAUAUAUUAUAAAAGGCUCCAAUGAAAUAUAACUCUA